AUGAUUGGCGAUGGCCUGGCCAAGAAGAUGAACCACCACCGCGGCAGUAAUACGAGUGAGGAGCGCGUGCCCCAGCCGCAUUCGCCCCACGACAGCCACGCCCAUCCGCACAACAACGGUGGGCUGCAGCACUCGGGAUCGCGGGCGACACUGCGCCACUCGAUGAACCACUCGAGCAGCUCCACAGUCUCGGGCUCCGCCUGCAGCUCCACGCCCGCCUCGCCCCAACUAAGUGGGGUGGUCAGCGCCUCCGGCUGCCAGCUGCUGUCCAACGGACACCACUACCAAUCUCAGUCGUCGGUGAGCUCCAACUCCUCGAUCGUUUCGGCCAUUCCCGCCUCGCAGAGACUGCUGGAGGAGGCUCUCGGCAAAUCGGCCCCCUAUCCCAUGAUCAUGUUGCCCCUGCACGGCGGCUACUGGAUGGAUGGCACCGAGCACGAGUGCGGCUACGAUCCGCGGGGAAAUCCCCUGCUGCCGCAGACCACCUGGAUGGCCAAGUUCGAGACGGACGACACGGCCAAGUGCUAUCGCCGGUUCUACGCCGCCAGGGAGCAUUCGAAUUUGAUUGGGCAGGAUGAGCAGUUGGGUCCGAUUCUCAUCUCGAUCAAAUCGGAAAAUGUGGCCAAUCAGGAGCACAUGCGAAUCCUGAUGAGGCUGAGAACUGGGACGAUGCACGAGCUACUGCCCGUCUCCUGUCUGAUGCCCCAGCCAAGUCCGGCGAAAAUGGCGCAUACACUGAACGAAAACAUAACGGUGGAGAACUUUAUGCCCAUCCUGUGCCCCAAGGCCUCGCAACUGAUCAGCGUCUACGACGAGCACGUCCUCGUCUCGCACUUCAAGUUCGGAGUGCUCUACCAAAGAUACGGACAGACGACCGAAGAGGAGCUCUUCGGCAACCAGCAGACAUCGCCGGCUUUUGACGAGUUCCUGGAUGUUUUGGGUCAGCGGAUUCGGUUGAAGGAGCACAAGGGUUAUAGAGGAGGGUUGGACAUCCAGAAUGGCCAUACCGGCGAUACGGCCGUGUAUGAGGUCUUCAAGGAGCGCGAGAUCAUGUUCCAUGUGUCCACCCUGUUGCCGCACACCGAGGGCGAUCCGCAGCAGCUGCAGAGAAAGCGACACAUCGGCAACGAUAUCGUGGCCAUCGUUUUCCAGGAGACCAACACUCCCUUCUCACCCGACAUGAUCGCCAGUCACUUUCUGCACGCCUUCAUCGUGGUCCAGCCCAUUGAGCCGAAUACCCCGCACACCCGUUACAAGGUCAGUGUUACGGCCCGCGAUGAUGUGCCCUUCUUCGGUCCCACCCUGCCGAAUCCCGCUGUUUUCCGCAAGGGUCAGGAGUUCAAGGAGUUCAUCCUGACCAAGCUGAUCAAUGCGGAGAACGCGUGCUACAAGGCCGAGAAGUUUGCAAAGCUGGAACAGCGCACCAGAACCUCGCUGCUACAGAAUUUGUGCGAGGAACUGCGCGAGAAGACCCGCGAUUUUCUGGGCACCGAUCUUUCCCAGACAUCGGCGGGAAGUCCCACUCCCGAGACUCCAAAGGCGGAAAGCGGUGGGGGCGGCAAUGCCGGUUCCCGAUUUAUCGAUACGGUGAAGAAGGCUUUAAUUAUGAGGGUGCGUUCGCAGAGUGUGGACACCGGAAAUGGUCAUGGACCUGGGCAGACGGACAAGUUCAGUGUGAACACCAAGCUGGGCACACUGAGCUCCAAGAAGGAGGCUCAUCCCGAAAUGCAGACACCCAAUCUGAAUACCUGCAGUCGCACGGCCUCGAAGUCCUCGUCCAAGUCCAAGUCCUCGAACGAGUCCACCUCCUCCUCGCCGGACAUCACCUCGCGCCAGGCGAACCACAACAACAAUAGCAAUUCCAACGGCGGACUCCUGCCCCAAAACGGGACCGGAGUGGGCGUGGUGGCGGCAGCCGUGAGUGCCGCCCAAAACGGAGUGGUGGCGGUGGCCACCAUGUCGGAGACGAGCGAUGAUUCCAGCCUGAAUAGCGUGGACCUGGAUCCGAUGAUGGCCCAUCUGGAUGGCGGAGCCACCUACAUUGACAGUGAUACCGGGCUGGAGAGCAUGAGUUCCGCGGAGGCCACCACCAAGGCGUGCUCCUUGUGCCUGGACGGCGUCCAGUCCACCAUAAUGGGCAGUUCGCCCAGCAACGAGACGAUCGUGAAGAUCGAGAAUCUUCGCCAGGAGGUCACGCGGUUGAAGUGCGACAAGCUGGAUCUACUCAGACAAAAUGUGACCUGUCAGCGCGACAUCAAGCGACUUCGGGAGCGGGAACUCUCCCUGCAGGGCGACCUAUCGGCAGCUGGCCGGGAGAUCCUGCGACUGCGGGAUCUUCUCAAGGAAUACAUGCCCGAUACAGCUUCAGCACCACUCUCCAUAUCGCCCAUCUAAGCGUAAAACGCAGACCUUUGAUAGCCGAUAUGUGGAAUAUGAGGAAGGGAAGGCAGGAAAAGAGGAGUAACCACUGUGCCGUGUAUAACACUUUGGAGAAAGGGAUCGACAGGGAUCGAGUCGAGUCGUUUGGAGAGCUGAAUAGCAGACAGUUGGCGUAGCCCCCGGAAAAAAACCCCAAACAAAAACAAAAACUGUAUUAUAUUUAGUUUACGUAGCUGUAGUUGUAGAUCCCCAGGAGAUCGGACAGGUUGCAGCAGGCAUGCGCAUGGACAAGUUAUUAUAUUUACUACAUACAAACAGUUACAAACUAAACUAAACAAAGCGAUAAAACAGCAAAUGAAAACAGAACACAAAACUCAAAAAAGUACACCAAAUAUAUAAUAUAAGUCUUUAAGCAUAUUUAACGCAAGAAUAAAGCCCCUAACCCUAAAUCAUAUGCCCUAAACCAAUUCCAGAACCCAUCCCAACUUUAACCUAAGUAGAAAGCGAUCAAUCACAAAGCAUCACACAGCGAUCGAUAUUGAUAUAUUAUGAUAGUAAUCACAAAACACACAGAAAAUAACACUCGUAGCAAAGUUUUGAGGUUUACAAAACCGUUACUCGUUCGUUAGUUGCACUCGUAAACUGUUACUAUUACCGUGACCGCUACCGUGACUCUCGCUUCACAUUUCAUCCCCAUAAUGGAAGAUAACUAAAUUAUGAUCGAUUUAUAUAUAUGAUUUUAAAGUUAAACACUCUGCAAAAGGCACACCACGAAAUAAACAAGAAAGAGGGAACUCUUAACCUUAAGUUUAAGUUGCUUUAAAUACUUUUACCUAAACUCUAUGUUAAUUAAUUAUUUUCUAAGUUUAACCAAACGCAGAAACCACAACAUCAGUGUGUUGAUGACUCACGAAAAGAAUUUGCAUGCCGCAUUCAGUGUACAUAUGUGUAGGAGCGACGUAUAAUUCUCGAUCCGCAUUCGGAUCUGUCGAAAUUAAUUAUGACUAUUUUAUUUUCUAAUCGAUUACUGAAAUACCAAUAACCGACAAAUGAGAGCAAACGCAAAAUGAAACCAAGCAAGUAGUAUUUGGGAAACUAAUUCCAAAAGCAAAAGUUACACGCAAGCAUGAAUUUUGUCUUUGAAAUCUAUCCGAUAAGUACCGCGAAUAAUUGUUUUUGUUGAGAUGCAUUAUCAUUUUUAUUGUGUAAAGUAUAAAAAACCAACAAAUAUAUGCAAAAUAUAUGGAAUAUAUAAA